CAUAUGGACUCUGGAGCGAGUGGCCCAUGAACCAUUUUUUUUUUUUUGCAACUUGUCUUUCCCGCCAAAGCCCAGAAACCAUUUCUUCACCAUCCUCGCCAUUUCUCUCAUUCUGCCAUGCCACACUUCAAAAAGUAGACCUCCCUCUGUCUGUCUCUCUUUUGGAAAACAGGACCUUUAUCUGCCAAGUGCUGGGUAGCGAAGAUUUUGGUCAGUCGGGCCACAAAUGGAGGCAGAGAAGGACGCGUUUUACGUUGUACGGAAGGGGGAUAUCAUUGGCAUUUACAAGAGUUUGAGUGAUUGCCAAGAUCAAGCCGGAUCUUCCGUGUGCAAUCCUUCAGUAAGUGUGUAUAAAGGAUAUUGUUUGCCCAAGGAGGCUGAGGAGUACCUUGCCUCACAUGGGCUUAAGAAUGCUACUUAUUCUAUCAGUGCUGUUGAUGUGAGAGAAGAUCUGUUUGGCAAACUUGUUUCUUGCCCUUAUCAGCAACCAGCUUCUUCUAAACUAAAAGCAGCUGACAAGGAUUCUCCUCCCAAGAGAUCGCGAGAAGUUCUUCAUUCGCACAACAUUGUGGCUGGAUCAACUUCUUUUUUGACAAAUCCUCAGAAGAAACAUUUCCAAUCAGACAGUUGCAAUGAAACUCAAGCAAUUUCUUCCAGUUGUAGUUCCUGUUUUCUGGAGUUUGAUGGUGCUUCAAAAGGAAAUCCUGGACAAUCUGGUGCAGGAGCUGUGCUGCGUGCUGAAGAUGGAAGUAUGGUCUGCCGAUUGAGUGAAGGGGUGGGCAUUGCAACAAAUAAUGUUGCUGAAUAUCGAGCUGUAAUUUUAGGUUUGAAGCAUGCCAUUAAGGAAGGAUAUAAACACAUUCGCGUCCAAGGAGACUCUAAACUUGUUUGUAUGCAGAUUCAGGGACUUUGGAAAACCAAAAACCAGAAUAUGGCUGACUUGUGUAAAGAGGCCAAGGAGCUCCAGGAUAAGUUUGUGUCAUUCCAGAUCAAUCAUGUUGUUAGGGAAUUAAACUCUGAAGCUGAUGCUCAAGCAAACCUAGCUAUACAUCUCACGGAUGGACAAGUUGUAGAGGAUUGCAGGAAGCAGCAGCUCAAAUGUUAUAGGUAGUAGCUGCAUCUAUUGUUCACUGACUUGCUUGGACCUGCCGUCCUUGGGCCCAAAAUCUACUUACUAUGUAUUAUAUUCAACCUUUUAGUCUAGCUGUUAUCUUUGCCAGAUUAAAUUAUAGAGUUAAAUUGGCAAGAGCACUGGUUUUGAAAUCUGCAAAUGCAUGUGUUGAAUUCCCCAUUACAAACUUGAUGUUUUGAUGAAACAGAUCAGAGCCCGGAAAUGUCUUGGUCUGCAAA